AUGUCGAACGAUUCCGUCGACAAUCUCAAAUACCUUUAUGACGAGGCCGAGUUGAGGCUCGACUUGAUGCUUACUAAAAUCGACAGGGUCAUGUGGAUCAUUUCGAACGUUGGAUUGAUCGGAUUCAUGAUUGUCAAAAAUCGUUCGAAAUGCGAAAAGAUUAUUACGACAAUUACCCUGGCGAAAAUCAUCAUCGCCGAGGCGAAUUUAAACGCGCCGCCGAAUUUAUUGGAAUUGCUCGACGAGAUGUUCAAUUUCUGCUAUUCGAUCCUACCAAUAUUUCUAUGCUUCUCAUUCAUCUUGUCAAGAGAGAACUCGACAUUCAUGAUGAAGACCAUAUUCAAACCAAUGCUUGGAUUGAAUAGUCGGCCCGAAUCGAUGUACGCCCGCAAUGCCUAUCCGUAA